CAAUAUGCGGUAGUUCCCAAACCAAGUUAGGUUCCAUUCAGUGCGACUAGUUUCAACAACCCCCUCUUCUGAUUAGCUGCCCGAUUGUUUGCAAAAGCUUUAUUCCACUGAAAAAACCUAAAGCCAUUCUCAAUAACACACAGUCAAUAGCUGUCUUCCUGAUUCAGUACCUAGCAGUUAUCUGAUCAAUAUCAAACCAGCAGCCACGAUGACCACUUUUCUUAGUUUGGUGGUUUGGGUAAUCCUACUAAUCGAAUCAAUACCCAAGAUCGGAGCUACCCUCUGUGCAUCGUGUUCCUCAGCGGACGAUCCCAAGUGUUCGGCAGCAAUCUUCACCGAAUCGACCAAGGAAUGUUUCAACGUGAACCCAUGCGCCGUAGCCAUCAUUACCGGGACGGGUCACACGUUUCGGGGCUGCUCCUCGGAUCCGGAAUGCUACAGUAAUGACCUAUGCGACACCUGUGAUGGGGACGGCUGCAACUCUGGGGCCUUUCCAUCGGAUCGCAUGCGCUGUCUAACGUGUUCUUCAGGAACAAGCUGCGAACUGGUGACCAGCGAUCACCAAUUGAGCUCUGCUUGCGUAUUGCACUUCCAAGAUGAAGCUUGCGUUACUGUGUUUCAAGAUUUUAAACCUCUGCUGAGGGGUUGUUUGGGUGACAUGGACGCGGGGGUGAAGUCGCUUUGCGAUAGUGGAUCAGCCGAUUGCGUGCUUUGUCGGGAGAAUGAUUGUAACGCGGUUAAUGUGAGACAAGAUGAGCAGUGUCUACAGUGCGAUUCACAGGAUCGGGGCUGUAACGAUGCCAGCCAUAAGGCAAGUGCUUGUGAAAAGACAUCCGGAGGGAAGUGUUACUCUAGACUUCUGAGUGAUGACACCGUUAAACGAGGCUGCUUUCACGAAUUAUCCACGGAAGAAUCUGAACCGUGCAAUUCACCAAGUUGUAUCGUUUGCUCCGGAUCAGGCUGCAACAACAACGUUUUCCCGGCAAGAUACGAGUUUCGUUGCAAGAGUUGUCAUUCGGCCAACACCGCAGCCUGUGUACGAGAUCCCUACACAGUUCUGGACAAAAAGUGUCCGACGAACGAUACGGCAUGUGCAACGGUACUGCUAUCGGCCACCGGACAUCUCUACCGGGGCUGCUCGACGGACGCGGAAUGUGUUGCCGAGGGGGACGCCUGCAUCAAGUGUGACGAAUAUAGAAACUGCAACUUCUACCGAUAUCCGGAGAAUCGACUGGAUUGCUAUGUAUGCGAGACUUCUGCCAAUCCGAACUGCGCUACGCUUCCGUACAACAGACAGUUCGAGAAGGCUUGUCUGCGUAACGUUUCCGGUGACGAUUGCGUUACCAUAUUCGAUAACUUCCGCAUAAUACGUCGUGAGUGUAGAUCAGGACUGAGCGAUACCGAUUUGUUGAAAUGUAAUACUGAAGGUGGCAAGGAAUGCGUAGCCUGUAGCGGUACGGGUUGUAACAAGAUCACUGUCCGCCAGGACGAUAACUGUUUGCAGUGUUCCUCGACGGACGGUUUGAACUGCGCUAGUGGACAAAGGGUGUCAACGAUUUGUAAGUUGUCGUCCGAUGGAGUUUGCUACAAUAGAUUGGACCAAAACGGCACUCUUCAUCGUGGAUGUUUGUCUGACUUGAACGAGGAAGUGCAGCAAACUUGUCUGAAUCCGAGCAAUCAAUCAUGCGAAAUUUGCUCCGGUUCUGGUUGCAACAAUAACACAUUUCCUGCAAACGCUCUUCAAUGUGUUCAGUGUGAUAGUUUGAUGAACAUGGACUGUGUUCAAAAUCAAUCUUCUAACUUGUUCGUGAAUCCUUGUCGGAAACAUGUGAAUGGAGAUAAAUGCUAUACAUGGCUUCGGACCGAUGGAUCCAUUGAACGUGGUUGCCAAUCGUCACUCAACGCCACCUGCAAUGCAUUGCUCAACGCCACUUGUUCAGCUUGUGAGGGACCGGUUUGCAAUGCCGAAGUCUACCCUUGGGGAAGACGAUCUUGCUACCAAUGCGAUGGACGAAGCGAUCGUACAUGUGGACUGGAACAGACGAUUCAACAGGAGUCUAAAGUUUGUCAGCGCUAUCAGCCUCAAGAUCACUGUUACACGCUACUUCAAAAUGGAAUAGUUAAGCGGGGAUGCACGUCAGAGUUUGAUGCUGAUGUGUGCCAUGGUCUGGAGAGAACAGAAUGUCGGACAUGCAGUGUGGACCAUUGCAACAACCUUUCCGAAGUUGGAUUACGAUCAGCAGGACGGACAGUCCAAAUAAGCUCAGUACUUUUAUCAAUCGGAAUAUUAUUUGAAAUUUUGAACGCACAAUAACAACGUUAUCAUUCCAAAUAAACGGAUACUAAUGCUAAACAAUUUUAA